AUGUUGCUCGUUGAUCCUUGAGAGUUAGUAUUUACCAGUGAGUGGUUGAUGUGAAAUCCCUCAUAUGGAACAUUGCGCGAUAUUUGUGCAUGACAGACGCUAUACAUUCUCCAAACCUUUGGUACAAGGGUAUGUAUAAGUACCUGGUUCAGCGCGCAUACCCCUUCGCUCGUGUAAUCUCAGACCCCAGACCUUCGACCUUCAACCUCCGUUCUUCAAGCAAGUAUCGAAACCGGUUUCUCACCUUAACGGCCGAUUUGCUCCUAAUCUUGCCUCGAGGGGGACCAUGUUCCGGCAAAUCCAACCACAUGUUCCGACGAGGACGUUCAUGAACCAAUCCGCUCUUCUUCGGACGCGAGCCCCGAAUCCAUGCGGAUCUUCGAUCAAGACCCCUCUGUCACUACAACAGAUGAGACUUCAGGCUCCCAGAAGAACCUUUACAGAUUGUCCACAAUCCCGACCAGCCUGUGGACAAUGUUCACAUGCUCAGCAAGCCUGGAAAGAUUCCCAAAAAGUUGUUGCGCAAGCUGAAACUAGUCAGCAACCCGGUGACGACGGCGGAGCCUUCCUCGCUUGUCUUUUCGGAGGUUUUUUUGGGGGUAUAUUUAUGGGAUACCACCUGUUCAUCGAUCGGGAGUCGUGGAGUCACCAGGCUGAAGCAUUGAGAGACCGCGAGAAGGAAGAGACUGCAGAAUUCAGGAGGAAGACCCAGAAGGCACUCGAAAAUCUAGAGCGGCAGCAGAAAUAUGGAAGAACAUUAUGUGACUAUGUGACUCAUGGCACUCAAUACCCACGAGAGGAAACAGUCUUGACGGUUCGUGGCAGUCCUUGUGUUAGGUACCAUAGAUACCUAGGUAUGUAGCCGGUUUCGGUCAGUGCCGCUUUGAUGCCAGAAUUUGAACUAAGCUUGUUGCGGACAUCUGCGGCUGCCGCCUGGAAACAAUUCUCAAACCUCCUCUUUCAAGACUUCUGCCUCCUUCUUUCAUCGCCAGCUUUUGUGCGCAGUGUGCAACACAGUGAUAAUGUUUCAGUGAAGUCUUGCUGGACUCACUUUCGUUUGUUCCCACCGUCGCCUAUAUUUGACUGCUUCAAAUAUCCUCAGCG